AUGUUAUCCAUUGAAAACCCUCCACCAUGUCCACCAUGUUCUUGUGAAAUUUCCCAGCUGAAAAGUAGUAGUGAUACUAGGGAUGAAAGGGAUUCUGAUAAUAGGCCUCAGCUUCAGUUAGAUCUGCUCAAGUCAGGCUUUGAUUACAACACUACCAAAUUCUCCUUAAGGGACUAUGUUUUUCAUACCCGGAGCAAGGAUAUCCAGACUAAUUGGCCAUUUUCUCAGAAAAAUUUGAAACUUUGUUUAAAGCAUGGUGUUAAAGAUUUGUUGCCACCUUUUCAAUCUCUUGAUUCCGUGAAAAAUCCAUCAAUUGAGAAAUGUUCUUUAGGAAUUUCAAUUGACAAAGAAAAUAUAAGCAGUUAUGAUGAGAAGCUUAACUGGUCGAGCGAUCAUCUCGUGUCUAUAUCUUCUUGCAAUGUUAAAGGUGACAAUAAGCUAGUUGUGGAUUGUGAGAACAUAAAUUCAAGUGGAUCUGAAGCAGAUAAAGAAUUUUCAUCAACCACGGCAAGUCAGUCUUGUUCUGAAAUAGAUUCAGUUCUCGCGAUAGAGAAGCCUUGUUUGGAAAUAGUAACUGGUAAUUUGUCAGGACCUGUAGUCACGAAGCCUGAGUCUGCAGUUUUAGCAUCCAAGAAGAUCAUAAGCUCAACUCAAAGCCCGGUUAAGAAGUGCAGAUUACUUGUGAAAUUGAGCAACAUUGUAGACCUGAGGUCUAACGAAGAUCCUGUCCUGAACACUUCUGUGGCAUUAGGAACUAUGGCUUCAAAAGUGUGUCCCGUGUGCAAGACAUUUUCAUCUUCUUCAAACACCACUUUAAAUGCCCAUAUUGAUCAGUGUCUUUCUGGGGAAUCAACAAUCAAGGGGACAUCAAAUUCCAAGGUUACUAAGCAUAGAAUAAAACCAAGGAAGCUAAGAUUGAUGGUGGAUAUAUAUGAGACAGCUCCAUAUUGUACACUUGAGGAGCUUGAUAGGAGAAAUGGAACCAACUGGGCAUUAAAUUUGGGCUUUCCAGCUCAAAAUAUUGAGACAUGUGCAGAAGAGAGGAACAAAACACCGUCUCCUGUUAAUCGUGAGGAAACCAAUAAGGAAAGUGCAGUCUACAUUGACUCCAGUGGCACAAAGCUUAGGAUUUUAUCGAAGUUCAAUGAUCUGCGGACAUUCUCCAAUACCAAUGAUGACUUUGAAUUUAUGAAACUUGUUAAAAAAGACGAAGAAAGCAAAAUUCUCUUGAGUAAGAAGAAAAAUAAUCUGGUCCAGAAACACCAUAAGCUUCUGAAACAUGUUCCCCAUGGUCAAAAGAGUUUCUUUCCCAGGCCAGAUCAUCGUUCCAAUAUUAAUGAUGGUGGGAAAAGGAAGUUUCUCACUGAAAAAUGCUUCAGGAAAGAGGGAUACGUUACACAGCCCCCCAAAGCUCAUGAUCUGAUAAAAUUCAAUUAUUUGGGAAGAAUAAAACAAUGGGUAGGCUUCAAGCGCAGUGAUCUCACAAAGAAGAUAAAUGAAAAGGAUGAAAAUCAACAGCCAGACAAAAGCUUCAGAAAGGACUUGAGAACCAAAAGUCAUCAGUUAUCAACAGGUAAUCCAUUCACAAAGAGAAGUAGUCUUUUGAAUUCUCAGGCCUUGCCUGAUGAGAACCAACUUUCUCCUCCUGAAAGCAGCAGAAGAAAGGAGAAUUUAUCUUGUGAUUCUUAUGAAGAAUACGGGGAACGGUCUUUGAGAAAAAGGGCGAGCUGUUCGUCAUUGGAGUCUAAAGACUUCCAUUAUGAGAAGAAUUAUCAGGUGUUAUCUAAGUACAAUGUGAAACAGUUUAGAAAAGGUGGCCUCUCAGUUGAGUGCAAUAUGGAUUUACCAAAGAGUAUUGAAUAUCAUGCAUCUUCUCAAAGUAAAAAAAAAACGAAGAGCAACAUUAGUCCAGCCAAAAAUGCUGAUAGUUCUAUUAUGAACCCAAAAUCAUCUGGAAGUAAAAUGUUUUCAUCUUCGGCGGAGAAUAUGUUGUCGGUCAGUGGAACAUCCGCUUUUGGAUCGAAAACAAAAAUGAAAAGAAAAUUGCUGGACGUCAAGAAGCUUCGGCAGCACUACAUGUCAGGAUCAGAUGAAGAGGCAGUUGCAUCACAAUUUGCAGUUGACCCGCAAGAUGAUUUGGUAGAGAAACUUUGUGAAAGUGCAGAUCAAAUGAAAGAGAUUUCUGAUAAGAAAUAUGUUGAAAGAACAAGGGCUUUGAAAAUCCAAAAGAAAAGAGAAUUCAUGAUCUCCAGGAAACAGGAAGCCCUGGCUUUGAGGAGCUCACUGCCAUCAUCUGAAUCUUAUGGUCAUGAUGCCGUGGAAUCUGUUGGAAACGAGGUUUCAAUUCUGGAGGACAUUGUCAGCCAACCAGCUUCAGGAAUGGCUAAUGGGGAACUCUCUAUGGCUCUUAGCAAUUCUAUGGAUCCUAGGGUCUUAGAGGAUGCUGAUCUGGAUGUUCAACUUGACUCGCGACACUAUAUUGAAGCAUACAAGGAACAUUAUCCAGCUGAGCUAGUAUUUGAUGGUGAACAUAAGAUGUUUUGUGCAGAUGGUCACAUGGUGGCAGAAUUUGACAUUGAUGAAGGGCAAGGAAAAUACUUUGUCGGAGUCGAUCCGAUACCUAUUCCUGGACCGCCAGGAUCCUUUUUGCCAAGUCCUGGGCGUAUGGGUUCGGAAGAUCUUCAAGGAAAUUCAUCAUUAACAACCUGCAGGGUUCAAUCUUCGAAAGAUGAUCAUGAAUUAGUUGAUAGGGGUUCUUCAUAUUCUCCUACUUCUGCUACAUCAAUAAUCUCUAACUCCGUUGCAGCAAGAUCUGAUUCCAUAUCCUUCGAAAAAUUUCCUCCUAGAUCUCCUGAAGAAAACGAGAUUAAAUCUGGCUUCGCAGGAGCUAGCAUUGAUCCUAUUGUGGGAAUGUCCACCACCCCCUUCGAGCCGACUGCAAGUGCAGGAGAAGGAAACCUCAACCUGGAUGUCUCCAAGGUUGACUUGAUGUUUCCUGAAAUGGGUUCUCUCAAAUUCAAGACCGCUCAGCCAUGUUGUUGCUCUAGGAAGGAAGGAGCUUCACAAGCUGUUGCUUUGAAUUAUCAAGACUCGGAACAUUGGCAACGGAAUCUGGCUUCACCCUCACUUCCUGCUGAUAAAAAGCAGAUGAUUGCUGAUCCAAAGGGAAAAUUUGACAGUUCUAGCUUUACUCCAGAAAUGCUCUCUAUGAGAGAACCGAGUCCAAUAGCUGAAGCAAAUGUUGCAAACUCACCAAUGGGGUAUCCUAAGAAUGUUUUGAUUGAUUCUGAGGUUAAGUUCUCUAGUCAUGGUGAUUUUGAAUCUGCUACUCCAGCUACUUCUAAUCCUAUUCUCAGACUGAUGGGAAAAAACUUAAUGGUGGUAAAGAAAGACGAAGAUGUUACAGCCCAGUCACGUAUCACAAAUGUCCAUGUAAAGAAGCAGUUUUGUGCUGAUAAUGGUGUCUCUCCUGAAAAGUUUCAAAAGGAGGAUCAUUCCUUUCAUCAUGUGGUUUCAAAAGAGCCCCUCGUCUUUGACCGUGCUCAAAAUCAUACCUUAUCACGGCACUUUGAUGUUGGAUCAUCAAUUGGUUUUGAUAGUAGUGUUAGUACACCACAGUCAUCCCCUCAUCCACCACUAGUCCAAUUUUCAUGUAAGAGUUUUGGUGGGAGUUUCAGACCCUCAGAGUGCAUUGAAUACAUAGGAAGCUGCAACUUGUCCACUGAACAACAAGGAUCCAUGAACAGACUGGGUGUUCCGAUAACAUCUGACGCUGAAAAAGUUCGAAUUCCUUCUGGCUAUAACAUUAAUAUGCCAGUUAGCUAUGCUGAUUCAGACGUUAAAACAACACAUGUCAAAGAAAAUAUGAAAGGUAGGGAAUCUACAGUUGGGAUUUCAGCAUCAAUGAACGUAGGCUAUGACUCAAGGCAUGUGAAUCCGUUGUAUAGUUAUCAAUCACGGGGUUAUUCUAUCUGUAGAGAGUCACCAAUGGUUCUUAAUGCAAGUUUUCAGGUGCCACACCCUAGGGGAAUAAAAGCCAGUCCUGUUAACUGGAAUUGUACUUCAGAAUGGUCAAGUGUUCUGCAUCCGAAUUCUUUAACAGAUCCAUCAUCCUCCACAUGUCACCUGAAAUCUGAAUUGCAUUAA